CAACACUGACUCGCAGAGGUCAGUGCAGUUUGCUAGUUGAAGGAAGCCACUGCUUCUACAGCCUGCGUGCAGGAUGGGUAAAAAAAUAAAGAAAGAAGUUGAACCUCCCCCUAAGGAUGUGUUUGACCCACUCACGAUUGAAAGCAAAAAAGCAGCCACCGUGGUGCUGAUGCUCAACUCUCCGGAGGAAGACAUUUUAGCCAAAGCGUGCGAAGCCAUUUAUAAGUUUGCUUUGAAAGGCGAGGAGAAUAAAGCAACUCUCCUUGAACUUGGAGCUGUGGAGCCUUUGACUAAGCUGCUCAUGCACGAAGACAAAAUCGUAAGAAGAAACGCUAUGAUGAUCUUUGGCAUUCUGGCUUCCAACAGUGAUGUUAAAAAGUUACUGAGGGAGUUGGAAGUCAUGAAUUCUGUCAUUGCUCAGCUCGCUCCAGAAGAAGAAGUGGUCAUCCAUGAGUUUGCAAGUCUUUGUCUGGCAAACAUGUCCGUCGAGUACACAGGGAAAAUACAGAUCUUUGAGCACGGUGGACUGGAACCACUAAUCAGACUGCUGAGCAGCCCGGAUCCGGAUGUGAAGAAGAAUUCUAUUGAAUGCAUCUACAACUUGGUACAGGACUUUCAGUGUCGGACCACACUCCAAGAACUUAAUGCAAUCCCGCCGAUAUUAGAGCUCUUGAAGUCGGAGUACCCAAUUAUUCAGCUCCUGGCUCUCAAAACCUUGGGCGUCAUCACGUGCGAUAAAGAGUCCCGAGUGAUGCUGAAGGACAAUCAAGGUCUGGACCAGAUCACCAAGGUCCUGGAAACCAAGGAGUUGAAUGACCUCCAUGUAGAGGCACUUGCAGUCAUAGCCAACUGCCUGGAGGAUAUGGAGACAAUGGUACUGAUGCAGCAGACAGGGAGCCUCAAAAAACUACUCUCAUUUGCAGAGAACUCCACGGUCCCGGACAUUCAGAAGAACGCAGCCAAAGCCAUUACCAAAGCAGCUUAUGAUCCUGAAAACAGAAAAAUUUUUCAUGAGCAAGAGGUUGAAAAAUGCCUGGUGACCCUCCUGGGAUCUGACAGCGAUGGCACCAAGAUUGCUGCUUCCCAAGCUAUUUCAGCCAUGAGUGAGAACCUGAGCAGCAAAGAGUUUUUCAACACCCAGGGCAUUCCACAGAUAGUUCAGUUGCUCAAAAGUGACAACGAAGAGAUGAGGGAAGCGGCUGCCCUGGCCCUGGCCAACUUGACCACCAGCAACCCUGCGAAUGCCAAUGCUGCCGCAGAAGCGGACGCCAUCGACCCGCUGAUAAACAUCCUGUCCAGCAAGCGGGACGGAGCCAUCGCCAACGCUGCCACCGUGCUGACCAACAUGGCCAUCCAAGAGCCUCUGCGAGCAAUCAUCCAGAGCCACGAAGUAAUGCGCGCGCUGCUGGGCCCGCUGCACUCCACCAACACGAUGGUGCAAAGCACCGCGGCGCUCGCAGUGGCUGCCACUGCCUGCGACUUGGAGGCCCGCACUGAGUUGAGGAACUGCGGUGGUCUCGAGCCCCUGGUUGAGCUCCUGCACUCCAAGAAUGACGAGGUGCGAAGGCAUGCCAGCUGGGCUGUGAUGGUCUGCGCCAGUGACGAGCUGAUGGCCGCUGAGUUAUGCAGGCUCGGGGCUCUAGAUAUCCUUGAAGAAAUUAAUCUAUCAGUAAGUCGGAAAAAUAAAUUCAGUGAGGCGGCCUAUAACAAAUUGCUCAACAACAGUCUUUCCCUGAAAUACAGCCAGACCGGCUACUUGUCAUCAAGCAACAUAAUUAGUGACGGAUUCUAUGAUUACGGUCGGAUAAAUCCUGGCACCAAACUUUUACCGCUGAAGGAACUCUGCCUACAGGAGCUGAAUGAUCACCGAGCUACGUUAUUAGUCAACAGUAAAUCUGACAUCUCUCCACCUCCGUCUAUGGAGGAUAAAUCAUCAGAAAUUGGCUAUGGACGAAGCAUUUCUUCUUCAUCUUCCUUAAGAAGGGCAAGCAAAGAGAAGGCCAGUGCUGGAUUUGGAUCCCCUACAGAAGAAAAAUCAGAGCCUACAUCAGGACGAAACACUGUCAUCAGCAGAGGUACCGCCAAAGAGAAAGGCUCCAGGAAAGGGAGAGGGAAAAAAGAAGAAGAAAAAGUGAAAGAGGAAGAAGAGGUCCUGGCAGUGCCCAAACUGACAGAAGGCAGCCCCGACAAAGAAUGGUACCCGCCUUCUGACCCUGAGUUCUGUGUGUAUGUGUACGAGGUGACCAAAUCAAUACUGCCCAUCGUCAACAUUAGGGAACAGAUUGAGGCCCUUGCCAAGUAUGUGGCUGAUAAAAUGGGUGGUAAGAUUCCAAAAGAGAAGCUAUCUGAUUUCAGCUGGGAGCUUCAUAUAAGUGAGUUGAAAUUUCAACUGAAAUCCAAUGUUAUACCAAUUGGAUAUAUCAAGAAAGGAAUCUUUUAUCAUCGAGCUUUGCUUUUCAAGGCACUGGCUGAUAAAAUCGGGGUGGGCUGCAGCCUGGUGCGUGGUGAAUACAGCCGAGCGUGGAACGAAGUGAAACUGGUGAACGAGGCUAGGAAGGGCGUGAUCGGGAACCUGCCCCCACCAGAAGAGUACAUCGUGGACCUCAUGUUCCACCCGGGGACCCUGAUAAAGCUGCGCAGCCGAGAGGCCGACCUCUACUGCUUUCUGUAGUCUCCAGAGGAGCGCCCGAGCACCCUGACCAGAAACUAUCCUCACAUGCUUUCUAA